GACUCUAGUAGUAAAUAAUGCAUGGCUGCUGCUGCUUUAUGACGCUGUCAGAGGAUUGUCGAUACCGUCAAAGGGCAAAGGGCGGAUACGUUGAUUCCAGUAGCUUUCAAUCGCAUCAUUCUAUGCAUGUGGUCAAUCUUGAUCUAUAGAUGACAGGAUAUUUAGGUGGAAAGGAUAAUAGAGCGAGCUGAUAACGUUCAUUUUUGUUUCAACGACAUUAAUUAGAUGUUACUUUUCCUUCCCACAACUCUGCAAUCACCUGCGGCUUCACACCAAUAGCCUUGCCCCCCUGGAUUCUCACGCAAGAUUGAUCUAGCUUCAUUAGAAAGCCUUUGUUUACGGAACAGUCAGUACCGCACUCGACCAGUAGAUGUCUGUCUUCUUUCGGCCAUGGAACUCUUUGAAAUUGGAUAGCAGUUUUUUCUGGGUUGCAUAAGAACGACGGCCUAUGUAAUGCAUGUCGUUAACUAUGACUAAAAGUGGAAGCAACACACAAAAGGGGCUGAUGCAUUUACACUUAGUUAAAAAUAAACUGCAUUGACGACAGGUUGAGUGGCUUCUAAAGGGCAAUAUUGACCAAGCUAAAAGGCCUAAAUAGAUUUCUCCCUCAAACUUGAAUAACAUGUUAAUUGUGGCUAAAACUAAUUUGUGUCUCCAUUUCUGUCAUGCAUAUAAUGCAAUUAGUAAACAUUGGGAAAGGCAAACCUGUGCCAGCACAUACAAUAUUAGUGACUCAAUACAACAAACCAUGGGUCAACAAUUCUCUUUAAAGCACAACGAAUAGUAGGACUACCUUACAUUAUUAUCUAUUACACUGUUAUAAUAUGUUGCCAACACUACUUAUACUGAAUAGUAUAGGCCCCACUGUUAGUGUUGCUCUCAUGUGUCAAUGUAAUAUCUUAUUCUUCAAUUGAAUAUGCUGCUUAAUAUAUUAAGUUAUUUUAAGCUUCCCUAGUGACCGUUGAUUUAGGUUUAGAAAUAACACCUGUCGAGGUACCAUUUCUUUAUAUUAACAUUGAACCGUGUUUUCAGGCGUGACGGAGUUAAUGGGGCGGGAGGACGCGGUAUCAGGGCCGGUCCAGUCGCACUAACUGUCCUGUGAUUGGCCCGCCUCUCCCUAACUCAAGCACUUGCUCGAAGAGUUGUCUCUGACGCGGAUUGUUGUGGGCGUGUCGCGGAGGAUAUACUCCGGAGAAACAACAAUAGAAAAGAUGUGGCUUGGACUAUUAACGCCUGUGCCUAGUCUGUGUCUCGAUUCUGCUCCAAACGAAGGGAUGUGACAAUUAUAUGUUCACGUCUGUAGCGAAACGUCCAACCUACCACGUUUGGAGAAGUAUAGGUCAGCCUAGCCGGGCGAUUUAUGCAAUAGGAAUAUGUUGCCACUGUGACAAGUAGCCUACUUGUUCUGCGACAUCCGCAAAAAGUCUAUUUCCUCCCAUCUGCAACAACGGUCUGCAACCUCUUUUUAUUUCGAGAGUCUGUUUUCUUUCCGUUGCGGGACGCAGAUUGGCAUGUGGGUCAAUACUGGAACCGUCGGCAGCACUGCUGUCUCCCCACUGCUCAGCCUGAAAACCUCCGUCUGUUCUGUGGAGGAGUUUGGCAGCAGCCUGGGUACACUGGGCACUCUCCAUGGAUAUAGACACUGACUAUGAGCGGCCCAAUGUGGAAACCAUUAAAUGUGUGGUGGUGGGAGACAAUGCAGUCGGCAAAACACGGCUCAUCUGUGCCCGGGCCUGCAAUGCCACCCUCACACAGUAUCAGCUCCUUGCCACCCACGUGCCAACCGUUUGGGCCAUCGACCAAUACCGUGUAUGCCAGGAGGUGCUGGAGAGAUCCCGCGAUGUGGUGGACGAGGUGAGCGUGUCCCUGAGACUGUGGGACACCUUUGGAGAUCAUCACAAAGACAGGCGGUUUGCAUAUGGCAGGUCUGACGUGGUGGUGCUGUGUUUCUCGCUGGCCAACCCCAACUCCCUCCGCCACGUGCGCACCAUGUGGUUCCCGGAGAUCAAGCACUUCUGCCCGCGCACCCCGAUCAUCCUGGUGGGCUGCCAGCUGGAUCUGCGCUACGCCGACCUGGACGCCGUGAACCGUGCACGCCGACCCCUGGCCAAACCCAUUAAACCAACAGAUAUCCUUCCUCCGGAGCGGGGUCAUGAGGUGGCCAAGGAGCUGGGCAUCCCCUACUACGAGACCAGCAUCGUGGCCCAGUUCGGGGUCAAAGACGUGUUCGACAACGCCAUACGGGCCGCGCUCAUCUCCCGCCGCCACCUGCAGUUCUGGAAGUCCCACCUGAAGAAGGUGCAGAGGCCCCUCCUCCAGGCUCCCUUCCUGCCGCCCUGCCCCCCGCGGCCCAUCGUGGGCAUCCCGGACCCCCCUCCCCGGGACGGCGAGGCCCCGGACGCCCUCUUCUGCCAGCCGCUGUGCGCCGACGUCCUGUUCCUCCUGCAGGGCGGCGCCGCCCGCGUCUUCGCCCACAAGGUCUACCUGGCCACCUCCUGCUCCAAGUUCAACGACCUCUUCACCCUGGACCUCAGCGCCUCGUCUCUGGCCGACGGGGGCGGCGAACGCGACCGCGACGACGACGACGACGCAGAUGACGGCGACGACGACGCCGACGGCAGCCCCGGGCCGGAGAGCGAGGAGCGGUCGGAGAGCGCCGACGAAGACGAGCAGAACCGGAGGGGCGCCAAGGAGCAGGCAGGCCGCACCAAGAGCCUGGACAUCGACAAGGACACGGCGGAGGGCGGCGUGCGCGGCCUGAAGCGCCCCCCUCUGCCCCCGCUCGGCCCCCUCAGGACGUCCCAGAGCGACAACGCGCUGCCCUGCCGCGCCCCCUGCGGCCAGGCGGCACCGGGCAACAGCCACGCCCUGUCCGGCUGGGGGAGGGGCUUCCUGAGCGUGGGCGUGGAGCACGUGGACGACCCGGUGACCGGCAGGCCCCGGCUCAUGACGGUCGUCGCCAUGGACGCGCUCAUACAGGAAGAGCCCUUCCAGGCUGUGCUUCAGUACCUCUACACCGGUAGUCUGGACGAGGGGCGAGGGGACCUUAUGCAGGUGGCCACCAUUGCUGAGCUGUUGGAGGUGUUUGACCUGCGGAUGAUGGUGGCCAAUAUCCUGAACAGAGAGAGCUUCAUGAAUCAGGAGAUCACCAAGGCCUUCCACGUGCGGAGGGCCAACCGCAUCAAGGAGUGCCUGAAUAAGGGCACCUUCUCCGAUGUGAUGUUCAGAUUGGACAAUGGCAACCUUCCGGCCCACAAGCCCCUGCUCAUCUCGAGCUGUGAUUGGAUGGCUGCUAUGUUCCGUGGUUCCUUCAUGGAGAGCUACAUUGAGGAGGUCUCCAUACCUGACACCAGCAGUGCCUGCAUGCAUGGGGUGCUGGAGUUCCUGUACUGCGGCCAGCUGACGCCAAGCCCCGGCCUGGAGCCCAUUGACCUGAUCGUCCUGGCCAACAGGCUGUGUCUGCCCCGCCUCGUGGCUCUCACAGAACAACAUGCUGUUGAUGAGCUGCUCCAACUGGCUGUGAAGGGAACAGACAUUGACGGACAGGUGUUGGCUUACCUCGAGUUGGCUCAGUUCCAUAACGCUCAGCAGCUAUCGGCCUGGUGUCUGCACCAUAUAUGCACUAAUUACAACAGCAUCUGCCGCAAGUUUCCUAAAGACAUGAAAGCCAUGUCUCAAGUUAACCAGAGGCACUUUGAGAAGCAGCGCUGGCCUCCCGUGUGGUUCCUGAAGGAGGAGGACCGCUACCUGCGCUCUCAGAAGGAGCGCGAGCGCGAGGAGGAGAUCCUGCGCAAGCAGAACACCAAGCGGGGCUGGUGCUUCUGGAGGCACCAGUCGUCCUCCUCGCCCCACGUCUCCUGAGCUCCCCCGGGCUCCUGACUCCGUUCCAGAAUGUCCCCCAGUGCUCAGUGGUAUGGAUGUGCUGGUUUGCCUGCUCCCCCCACCCCCACCUGUGUGCAUGGGAUUUGUAGUUGAAUGAGAAGAUUGUUUUUUCUUUAUUUUUUAGGCUUGUGUGACAGAGAAGAGAGUGAGUGAGCGAGAGAGAGCGCCUUUGUGUCUCUGAGCAUGUGGGUGUGUGCCACCGAGCCACUUCAGUACCAUUCGGUCUCCUUUCACAAGACCUCCUCCUCCUCUUCCACCUCCUCCCCCCCCCCCUCCUCC